AUGAGUCCUGGCGGCAACUCGCUAAACAAACGAAAAAAGAAAACCCGGACAGUGUUUUCUAGAUCCCAAGUGUUCCAGUUAGAAUCGACCUUUGACAUGAAGCGGUAUCUGUCAUCGUCGGAACGAGCUGGUCUCGCAGCCAGUCUGCACCUGACAGAGACCCAGGUGAAGAUCUGGUUUCAGAACCGCAGGAAUAAGUGGAAGAGGCAGUUGGCUGCAGAACUCGAGGCUGCCAAUAUGGCGCAUGCUGCUCAAAGGCUGGUAGGUGUUACUUACAUAAUAUAA